UUGAUUCAUGGGUGCUGGACCACUGAUGCAUCUAAAAGUUCUUUGGUCAUUCUCUGGAUACAAAAACGUCCUUCUGAUUCCUCAUUUGACCUGUUUCUUACUCCACUCAUAUUUCUCAUUCAUCAUCCUACCAGUACUUUUAAAACAGCAGUUUCUCCACUGAGUUAAAUUCAGUCUGAAUAAUUCCAACUCACAAUAUACGUCACAAUUAAAGUUUAUCCUUGAGAGCCGGUAAUCAGACUUACAAGGAUAAACCGAAUCCAUCUACAUGUUGUCCUAGUCAGUAAAAUUUUUCUCAAUAUAAUUUGACUAAAAACACAAAUAAUUCUGCUCUUUUUGUUUCUGUCGUUCAAGUUUUACAUGGCGCUACUAUAUGCUGGAGAAUGGUUGUGUUUUUUUGUGCACGUGUGAGAUUGUUUCUCACACAUGAGAGGAUUUCUGCUGGAGAGGAAGGCCCACCAGCUACAGACUCCACAUCUGUUUGUAAUUAUAUAAUCUGCUGGAGCUUUAAGAAGCUGUCUGUGACCAGUCGUUACACAACAUUCAGUCUUUCCUCAUAGAGUCAAGUCAGCCAUAUCUUGUAAAUAUUUACUUCUUCACAGUUAGCAGUAAAUAACUGUGCUUUGCUCCAUGUUUACUCUUUGUGCUUUUUUUUUUGCCUCUGAGGUGGAGCUCAGUCUAAUGGCUUCCACGCCUCCCUCACGCGAUCCUUACAUCAAACCUCUUCCUUGUUAUGAUUCCGUAAGGAUAUCCAUUCCCUCCAUGAUCAUCCACAGCAGCUCUCUCACUCUCAGCUUGCCUGCUCUCUGAUGCACUCUGUUCGGGAACCAUUUGGAAAUUACCCGGGAACUCAAUCAGUACCAACCAUAACCAGGAUCACUCCCUCCCUUCAACAUCUGCUCUCCUUCCCAGAACCGCUGAGGACCAAAAGAAUCGAUUCGCUGGGGAACAACACUCUCAACAGAUGUGAAUUAUGGAAGCUGCUGUGACAUCAUCAGAUGAACAUCCAUGGUGGGGCGAUCUUGUAGAUGAUUUACCUGAUUACUAUGGCAACGAUUCGUUUUAUGAAGACAACGGUUACGAGGAUGCUGAUGUUUGCGACCUGACCAAGAGUAUGGAUUUUGAGGCGGUGUUCAUCCCAGUCCUCUACUCAGUGGUGUUUGUAGUUGGAAUCCUGGGAAAUGGAUUGGUGAUAGCCGUGCUAAUGAAGAACAGGAAGACCUGGAGCGUGACAGACACCUUCAUCCUUCACCUGGCUUUGGCGGAUGUCCUGCUGCUGCUGCUGCUGCCGCUCUGGGCUGCACAGUCUGCGAGUCUGGCUGGAUGGCCCUUUGGCACCCCGCUCUGCAAGAUCACUGGAGCCGUGUUUACAGUCAGCUUGUAUUGUGGGAUUUUCCUCCUUGCCUGCAUCAGCGUGGACCGCUACCUUUUCAUCGUCCAUUCUACCAAGAUGUACACUCGCAGGAAGCCCUGGGUGGUGCAAGCCAGCUGCUUGGUGGUGUGGUUAGUCUCCCUGAUCCUCUCCAUCCCUGACUGGUACUUUUUAGAAGCCGUGGAAGAUGUGAGACGAAGCAGAACAGAGUGUGUUCAUAACUACUUUAAGAUUAGUCCAGAAUAUUUCUAUAUCUUGAGAAUGACAGCCCGGUGGCUGUACCACACUUUGGGCUUCCUGCUUCCUUCAUUUGUUUUGGUCUUUUGCUACUCCUGCAUCCUGUUGCAGCUAGGGUGUGGCACCAAAGGCCUUCGAAAGCAGAGAGCUUUCAAAGUCAUCGUAGCUGUGGUGGCUGUUUUCUUUAUCUGCUGGACUCCACUUAAUAUCACACUCAUUGUGGACACAAUUCACCAAAACAACAAUAGUGGAACAGCAUGUGGAACAAGAACAUCUCUGCAGAUAGCUCGGCUAGUGACUGAGAGUUUGGGGUACCUUCACUGCAGCCUUAAUCCUAUCCUGUACGCCUUCGUAGGGCUGAAGUUUCAACAUCAGCUGCUGAAUAUCCUGAGGUCUAUGGGCUGCAAGCUGAAGACUAGUUUAAAAUCUGAAUCUUCCUUUUGGUCUGAGUCAGCUGAAGCCUCAAGCUCCAUUGAAAUCUGAAAGACUACAUUGAGGAGCUUCAGUGUACUCAUCAUCAGAGGCAUAAAUAUAAUAAGUUUUACCAUUUUUGUCUAAAGGAAUAGCCAAAUAUCCAGACAUAAAUAUCGCAAAAGGUUGUGGGGAGAUAAAUGAUGUAAUUUCUCUUAAGCUUGCAAAGUAAUGUUCAUCUAAAUACAUUCGUGCAUUUUUGCUCAGUCAUAUCAAACCUCCUGUUUCCCUUUAUGUAGAAAAAUUAAUUGGUUGCAAACACAUGUACCUAUUUUUCAUUUACUCCAAUGUUAUUUCUUUUCAGUUUACAUAUCUAUACUUUGUCUUUAUAUUGCAAAGGUUUGAAAACCAAAGUCAAAAUUCUUGUUUGUUAAUACAAACUGGGUGAGUAGAGCUGAUUCUGAUUCUAAUUUUCUAUUUCUAAAAUGUUACAAACAAGACACAUUUGCUCCAAAAAUGGUUUCACAAAGAAAACUGAAUCUCUCUCUGCUGAUGCAGGCUGCACAAAUUAAAACAAGGGAUUUCACUUUGAGAUUUAAGAGGUAUGCAGAUUCCUCUCUCAUAUGAUGCAAAUCAGAUAGAAAGCUAAUGACAAACUGUCUCAAGCAGAAAUCGAAUCACACUGAACCAGAUACUUUUUAUCACAGUUUCUGUUUGUGGUGAGUAAAUUGCUUCUGUUAUAUUUUGUAAGCAGAUUAAAUAAUAAU